GGAAAUCCCUCAGCUACUUCAUGUAAUCAAGCUUCAAUCAUAAGAGUGCCGGGCGAGACAUUUUGGGAAGAUAAGCAGAAGCUGUGCUCUCUCUCUCUCUCUACCCCAGUGAAGUCGGUGAUCCGGACGGCGCAAGUUAGCCAUGGACUUAAUGACUCAUUCUUCGACCUUUCUCCUCCCGAAAAUUUCCUCCAAGAAUGGCCUCGCUCUAAACUACGCACUUGUCGUUCUCAACCAACACAUCCCUCGGUUCACUCCUUUGCUCUGGCAGCACGCACAACUUCGUCUUUGCGCAGAUGGUGGAGCCAAUCGUUUGUAUGAUGAGAUGCCUCAGCUCUUCCCUCAUGAAGAGGUCUUCGCUGUUCGAAACAGGUACAAGCCAGAUGUCAUAAAAGGAGACAUGGACUCAAUCAGAACUGAAGUUCUAGAUUUUUAUACAAAUCUGGGAACCAGGAUAAUUGAUGAAUCUGAUGAUCAGACCACCACAGAUCUACAUAAAUGUAUUGCAUUUAUUGACAACUUCACUCCAGACCUGGACAAGUCGAAUUUAUGCAUUCUUGUCGCUGGAGCACUUGGUGGAAGGUUUGACCAUGAGGCUGGAAAUAUCAAUGUUCUGUGCCGUUUCUCAACCAUGCGAAUAAUUCUGUUAACUGAUGAUUGCCUCAUACUUCUUCUUCCAAGUGCUUAUCAUCAUGAGAUCCAUAUCCAGUCCUCUGUGGAGGGCCCAUAUUGUGGACUCAUCCCGAUUGGUAUGCCAUCAGGAAGUACCACAACCACUGGGCUUGAGUGGAAUCUCGAUAAUACAGCAAUGAAGUUUGGUGGUUUGGUCAGUACAUCAAAUAUUGCAAAAGAACAGAUAGUAACUGUGCGAUCCAGUUCUGAUCUUCUUUGGACGAUAUCCACCAAAAAGGCCUAAAGAUUAUUGCCCGCAUUAUGGCAGCUGCAGAUAACAUGCAUUCUGCUAACGCAUAUUGCGGUUGUUCCCUACAAUUAGAAAAAUUGAGAUGAAUCUGGGAAGGUAGCUCUUUUGUCAUUUGUUUUUGAUGCAAUAAAAUAUUAAAGCUGUUUUUUUUCUUCAGUUUCGUCUUUGGUAAUGUAUAUUUCGAUUCUAUUGGUGUUGGAUGUCGUUGGUCUUCUCGGCAUCAAGCAUCUGUAUUAUACUAAAUGAUACAAUUAUUUGCUAUAGGCCCAGUCUCGGUUCGAUUUUUAACUUGUCC